AUGCUCAACCACCGCGAGCCCGAACCAGCCGGCCACCAACCGCCACCAAACCUGCACCGCAGAGCACCGAAGGGAAUCUCCCGCCAGCGCCCGCGCCCGUCCCAGCUGAGGCCGUCCCGCGCGACCCCCCGGCCAGCAGCAGCCGUGCUGCCGGGUCCUGGGCGCACACCGCCGUCUCCACUGACCAGCCGACCCCGCCAGAGGAAGGAGGAGCCACGCCCGAAUCUUGCCGAGCCGCACUACCUCCCGCCGCAGCAGAGACGCCAAACCACAGCAGCUCCGCCGCCGCCCACGCAGCCGACGAGAGCCACCGCCCGCCCACGGCCGCGCCGCCCAGAGAUCGAAGAGGUCCGGGGCCGCCGCCCCGACGUCCGAGCACCCGUGCCGCUGACCCCCGCAGCAGAAACCGGGGAAGCCAGAUCUGACCGCGACCGGCUCGAUCCAGCCGCCCCACGCAGCGCCCUGCAACAGCCCCCUCCGCACCCGCAAGCCGAGCAUCACCCCCGCCGCUAG